AUCCGGGGCUCCAACGAAAGCGAGAGUCGGGUCCUAUAAAUCAACCCGGCGCCAGCAAUUGAAACUCCUUUAGCCCUAGCGCGAAACAACCAGUCCCUCUUCCAUCGACACAAUUUCUGCGGUUCUUUUCAGAGCUCGCCUUCUUCGGCGUCCGAAUCUCCCCAGUUCCUGCGCUCUUGCUUAGUCUCCAUAUCCAGUGCCGGCAUUCCGAGUUGUUGGCGGUUCAUGUGCGAGGUCUCCUACUGAAUCGAGGAGUUAAAGAAAAUGGAUUUUGACGAGUAUGAUUACUUGGAGAAGACUGUUGAAAACCCUGAGCCUGAAAAGGCGAACGAAACUGCUAAUGGAAGUGAGACGGUCAAAUCUAAAGAGAAGGAUCGUAGUCGGGGUUCGAAGCACAAAAGUGAUGAGAGGGAGGAAGACGGCGAUGAUGAUGAAAACCACCGCUCAAAGCGAUCAAAAUCAAGAGAUGAUACACGUGAUCAUGAUCGUCAUAGAGAAAGGGGUUCAUCCCAACACCGGUCUGGAUCUAGAGAUAGAGAGAGGGAUCGCCACAGGAGUAGCCGUGAAAGCAGAGAUAAGGAGAAGGGCAGGGAUAGGGAGGAACGGAAUGGGAAGGAUAGGGAUCGAGAUCGUGACAGGAAGGAACGUGACAGGGAAAGGGAGAAGGAAAAGGAGAGUGAAAAGGAGCGAUCACAUCGAAGUGGGAGUCGAUCAGAAAGAGAGAAGAGUAAGGACAGAGAGCCUAUAGAAAGGGAAAGGGAGCGAGGUGGUUUUAAAGAACGAGAAAGAGAACCUAGGUAAGCUGUUCAUCAGUUGGGUGGAAAAUUGGCCAAUGACAUUUCUUUCAAGACCAUCCUCCAUUAACUGCAGCUUUUUAACGGUUAUGUGCUUUUGGGUGCCUUUCACGAUGGAAAUAUUUGUAUAGUGCAACUUGAUUUUGUACAUUGCUAGUUAUCAUCUUUGAAGUUUAAAAGAAAUCCUUGCUGUGUGAACCAACAUCUCACUAGGAUAUGGCCAUUAGUAUUUUUUGAAUUGCUACAUUAUCUUCCAUAGACUUUGGCUACAACCCUCUGUGUGUAUGCCCUGCAUUUCAAUGGGUUGGAGGUUCUUAAUAAUCCUUUAAGAUUUAGAGGACUGCAGGAAAAUGGUUUGCAUGUUGGAUGCUGAAGAGGAUCAUUUGGAAACAUAAUUACUUCUGAUGUCCUUGUACCUGCAAAAUCGAUAGGUCUACUCUCGAGAAGUAGAUUAUGAGCCAGGAUAAUGGCUUACCUUGCACUUAUCAGUCGUUUUGUCGAUUGCCCACUGUAAACGAUUCCUGGGGCCUGCGCCUAUUUCUUGGCCCAGCUAGAUGUUGUAUUGAUGGGAUGAUGGUCUGUGUCAGGAUUCUGUGUCUUUGUGUUAGGUGCUCUAAGUAAUAAAUAUGUUUGUCUCUACAUCUCUCACUAGCAACUCUCAUGUUUCUUGUGCUCUUAAGUGCUAUGAAAAUUCUGAAUAUUGAACUCUAGAUUCUGGGAAUCGCAGAUAUGCUAGAGCAAUCUUCAGAUGGUCAUCCUGGCAAUUGGGCCAGGCACAGGAACUCAGGGCAUGUGUUUUAAAUGUCUCUCCUAGACUGUCUCGAAAGAUUAAAAUGCUUGCAUUGCAAGACUGAGAGUUAUUGGAGGUUUCUACCAGGGUGAUGAUGCCAUGUAAUGUUUUCCAUUAUCAUCCUUGUGGAAACUGAGAUGCCUUACUAUAUUUGUUCUGUUGCAGAAUGCUGGUGAGGGAGUUAUGGGCUUUGCUUAAGACAAACAAUUCAUCUUCUGAUGCUUGUGGAAAUUCUGUGUUGAGUGGGCUGCAAAAAUGGCCUAAAACUUUCUUCUGCAGGAUAGAUAACAGAAAAAAAUUAAGCUUUGUUGUUAUAGGUUGUAGAUGCCAAUGGUCUUGCACGUGUCUGUUCCCUACUCUCAUGGUUUUGUACUGCUUGAUACAUCUUGCACUUACUCUCUUUGGUCUCAUCUUUUUUCUCAGUCAUCAUUUGUUCAUUUCUCGAUCCCCUUUAAAACUUGAUAAUCCAUUUAAGUGCCCUGGAAAUGUUUCCAACUAUUUUCAUGCUGGUUCUGGACUUCAUUUUUUCCUUUUUACAGUUUUGUUCGAUCUCAGAUUUUAUGCACACAUGAUUUGCAUGUGAACUGUUAGUUUGUUUACUAUAACCUCUUUGUUCUGUCUGAGUAAUGGGGUUUUUUUUUUUUUGUUAUUUCGAUAUCUCUACUACUCUCGAUACAAGUUAUUAACAGUUUUCAAACCAAUGCAAUUAGGUCCUUUGGUAUGCCAAUUUGCCAUUCAUACAACUUGAUGGUGCUCUGUCCCUAUAAGAUUAUGUUAUUAUAGAAGAAGGAAGAAGGAGGAUGGUACUGAGCCGGAGGCUGAUCCUGAGCGUGAUCAAAGGACUGUAUUUGCUUAUCAGAUAUGUUUGAAGGCUGAUGAAAGGGAUGUGUAUGAGUUCUUUUCAAGGGCUGGAAAGGUACGGGAUGUUCGUCUCAUCAUGGAUCGGAAUUCAAGGCGGUCUAAGGGAGUCGGGUACAUUGAAUUCUAUGAUGUGAUGUCAGUUCCUAUGGCAAUUGCACUGUCCGGCCAGCCUCUUCGCGGUGUACCUGUGAUGGUAAAACCCUCUGAAGCUGAAAAGAAUCUUGUUCAGUCGACCGCAGCUGCUGUUGUCGGACCUGGUGGAGGGUUAGCUCCUUAUUCAGGAGGGGCUAGAAGGUUGUAUGUUGGCAACCUCCACUUCAACAUAACAGAAGAUCAACUUCGUCAGGUUUUUGAACCAUUUGGUGCUGUAGAGUUGGUUCAACUGCCCGUUGAUGAAACUGGACAUUGCAAAGGCUUUGGUUUUGUUCAGUUUGCACGUCUUGAGGAUGCUAGAAAUGCCCUUAAUUUGAAUGGGCAAGUGGAGAUUGCCGGUCGCCCUAUAAAGGUGUCAUCUGUCACUGAUCAAACUGGUCAAGAGGGUGGGACAAAUGCUGCUGAUUUCGAUGAUGAUGAGGGUGGUGGUUUGGCACUAAAUGCACGUUCUCGGGUAAUGUUGAUGCAGAAGUUAGAUAGGAGUGGCACUGCUACAAGGUUUAUAUUCAUUGGUGGGAAUCCAGCCGUCGGUACUGGGAUGACAUUACCUGCUGCGCCCGCAUUGGGGCCUGGUGUGAUCCCUCAGACUAUUGCUUCUCUCCUACCACCUGGGCUACCUGGCGCGGGUCUUCAAAUCCCUGGUGCUGGAAUUCCUACAAUCGAUACAAUUGGUGUUCCUAGUGAAUGUUUGUUACUAAAGAAUAUGUUUGAUCCCCAGUCGGAGACGGAGCCAGACUUUGAUUUAGAUAUCAAAGACGAUGUUCAAGAGGAAUGCUCGAAGUUCGGAACCUUAAACCAUAUCUUUGUGGACAAGAAUACCAUGGGAUUUGUGUAUCUACGCUUUGACAACACACAGGCUGCAAUGAAUGCACAGCGUGCACUCCAUGGAAGGUGGUUUGCUGGGAAGAUGAUCACUGCGACAUACAUGGUGCCUCAGAUGUACCAGCAGAAGUUCCCUGACAGCAUCAGGUAGGACAUUGCGUCUUAGCCUGGCUUGUGGAACACCAACAGGUAGCUUGAAGCUCAUGGGUUCAAUCUUAAUGGUCACUGAUCGACAGAAUCCGCGGCACUGAUAUGCCCCAAUAUCGAUCGGUGGUGCAGGAUGGGUUGCUUGGGGUUGUUCGGUUUUGAGAACUGGGUGAGGGUUGAUGAUGGUUUUCGGGUUUAUUAUAGGAAUUGCUGCAUAGUGAGGAGGUGGUAUGAAGCAAUAGCUGCCUACUGCAACCAGAGAUUUGUUUUGAUGUUGUAGGAUUUUAUGUGUAUUUGAGUUAUUAGAAUCCAUCUUGUACAAGAGUAUUCUUUUUGGCAUUGUCCCAGCUCCCAAGUUUACCUGUUACGAGCUGCUAUCUUUCGUUUUGUAAUGUUCAAGACCUUCUGCAAAUUUGUCAAUCUUUCAAUAGCGGCGUGUAACCUGAAAUACACCUCUAAUCUCCGGUUUCAACUACUCGAAA